AUGAACAACAUCCAAAACUUUACUCAGAUUGAGGACGAGUCCACGGAAGUAAGUUUCGUGGACUCGGACUAUCUCCUCGAUCUCUCGCAGGCACAGUUCCCGGACCCGUCCAUGAUGCUACCUUAUGACCUGAAUCAAUGGCCCCAUCUGGAACGCUCGCCACUUGAAAAUGCUCCUCCUGUUUCUUCCAUGGAUUAUCCAGACAUGUUUGGUCUGGGCAUGGCCAUGGACUCUAUGCCCCAGGCCGCCCAUGGCACUUCGAGUAUUGAUCUCUCACCACCGACCACAGAAGGCGAUUUGCAUUUCAGCUACCCUGAUACCUCUUCUUUUCUUAUCGCAGGUUCUUCGAAUUCGCUGCUCAGCUUUCCUGAAAUCCAGGACGAAGUAUGUCUAGGGGAUAUGUUGCUUUCUGGUUCACUGGAUCUUGACUUCACUCUGUAG